AUGCGCUUAGAGUCGCGCAUUUUCCUGGGCAAGUGCGGUCCUUUCAAGAGCAUAUUGGACCGUAGGGCCGAGGGCAGCUUCUUGAUCGACGUUCCGCCGACUGUCAAGACCGCCGUUGCGGGCAGCCACAUUUUUAUCCGCGUCGAGAGCACCGACGGCCCCGCGCUGGUUGGCCUCAGGGCUAAAAACCGCGAGAAGUAUAACAGUAUCGAUCCCCAAGACUUCAGGGAGUCUGGCACGGGAUAUAUCUGUCGGGAUCUGGUCGGCGCGGGCCAGUACCGCAUCCCGCCAACGAGAGAAGAGAAAGAGCAAUGGAAGGGUGAAGGGCGCAACUCGACCCGAACUCUGCCACUCUACGAUAUUUGUGCCAACGAGUUAGGUUGGCACCGUGUUCAGGGGAUCUUUGUCGAGGAUGCGUUGUUCUCAUGA